CGAAUAGUGGCAGCUGUCAAUCUGUCAGCCUCUAUUACAUAAACAGUGCGUGUUUUCUUUUAUAAAAAUAGUGCAAAAUCUUGUGAAAAGCGCAAUUUUCUGGCCCUAUCUUCGCGGUAGAAGCUGCAAAAUGCUCCGUCGUGCUUUGACUUCCGGACACCUCCGGGCAAUUGUUCCUCCGGGGACUUUUGGUGCUCCUGCAGUCAGGUCAAUGGCUACCUUGCCUGUUGUUGAUGAAUCGAAGCCUCCACCACCCAAGAAAUACUCCCCCUUCGGCACCAAGCAGUCAAGCGUUGGAGAAUGGGCUGUUGCGCGUCUCGAUGAUUUGCUCAAUUGGGGCCGCAAAGGAUCUAUCUGGCCAUUGACUUUUGGCCUUGCCUGCUGUGCUGUGGAGAUGAUGCACAUUGCUGCACCUCGCUACGACAUGGAUCGCUAUGGUGUGGUCUUCCGGGCGUCCCCGCGUCAAGCUGAUGUGAUCAUUGUGGCUGGCACACUGACCAAUAAAAUGGCUCCAGCUCUACGGAAGGUCUACGACCAGAUGCCCGAGCCCCGAUGGGUGAUCUCAAUGGGCAGCUGUGCCAACGGUGGUGGAUACUAUCACUACUCCUAUUCAGUGGUCAGAGGCUGCGACAGAAUCAUCCCCGUAGACAUCUACGUGCCUGGCUGUCCACCAACUGCAGAAGCUCUCCUGUACGGCGUCCUGCAGCUGCAGAAGAAGGUGAAGCGCAUGAAGACCCUCCAGAUGUGGUAUAGGAAGUAAUUUAGCACAGAGAAAAUACCUUUUGACCUUGUUUAAACAGAAUUCAGUGUAAUAAAUUCGUUAUUUAACUCA